AUGUGCUUCUCAGAAGAACUUAAUGAUUUCUUCUGUGCUCGCUUCUUUGGUGGACUCAGAACUGACACGUCGACCUCGCUCGCUGAAUCCGUGGCUGACAUAAUGAGGACAGCCCUGAUCCUGGGUUUGGCCCUGCCGGCCAACGUGCAGGGCCAGGACUACACGGUGGGCGCGACCAUGAAGAUCGACUACGACCUGCCCAGCAACGCGACACAGCUGUUCGGUCAGGCGGCGGAGCGGGCCCUGGGCAGACUCACACGGUGGCAGCUGUACGCCACCGCCGAGGCUGCACUGUCCAGCAUGGGAGUGGACGGACGAGCGUGUGUGCUGCGCGCCAUAUGUGAGGCCGCCGAGACGCCACUGCGCCAGGACUCGCUGCUCGCCGAGCUCAGCCACUUGCUGCUCACACCGUCGACGACGGAUUCGGGCAGCAGUGAGGGGCGGCGCUACCUGGCGGCGGAGCACGCGGGGGUGGCUGCCGGGGGUGGGGGUGGUGGAGGCGAAGGCUGCGCCGCGCUCUACAGGGAGUGCGCUGCAAGUCCGCUCCACUACCUUACCGUGCUGACGUCAUCGUAG